AUGGUCUACUGGUCGACACUCCUUCUGGCCGGACUCGCCGCAUCGGGAGCCCACGGCACGCCCGUUGAGGUCGCUCGCCGGGCGACACCGACCGUCUACCUCGCGGGAGACAGCACCAUGGCCAAGACGGGCAACGGGCUCAUGGGCUGGGGCGAGUAUCUCGCCCAGUACAUCACGCUGCCGGUGGUCAACAAGGCGAUCGCGGGCCGGUCGGCGCGCAGCUACACGGAGGAAGGGCGGUUCAGCGAGAUCGAGCAGCUGGUGCAGGCGGACGACAUCGUGGUGAUCGAGUUCGGGCACAACGACGGCGGGUCGCCCAGCUCGGCGUCGGACAACGGGCGCAGCGACUGCCCGGGCGCGGGCGACGAGACGUGCACGUCCGGCAAGACGGGCGCGACGGUCUACACCUUCAACCACUACGUCGAGGCGGCGGCGCGCAGCUUCGUCGCCAAGGGCGCCCGCGUCGUCGUCAGCUCGCAGACGCCGAACAACCUGUGGGAGACGGGCACGUUCGUCUACAGCGUGCCGCGCUUCGUCGGCUACGCCGCGGCCGCCGCCGAGCACGUCGGCGCGGGUGCGUCUUUCGUCGACCACUUCCAGGCCGUCGCCGACAUGUUCCUCAAGCUUGGCAGCGCAAAGACCAACGCGCUCUACCCGCAAGACCACACGCACACGAGCCCCGAGGGGGCCGACCUGGUGGCCCAGGCGUUCGUGGAGGCCGUCGGGAAGCGCUUCAACGGGACCACGGCGCUGGACUCGUACGUGAAGAGUCCGCUACCGGCGGUGUUUUGA